GUUUAAUCUGUUUAAUGCAAAACCAAUCUGGUAUUACGCAUAAAUAAUAAUAAUAAGUCAGUAAGUGGUAAGUCAGCGUCGCUGCAGCACGGUACCCCCAGGCCAAUCCGGAUAUACACAAUGCCAGAUAAAGUAGUAUGUUACUAUGGAAGCUGGGCUUGUUACCGGCAAGGCAAUGGAAAAUUUCCUGUUGAGAGCAUUGACCCAUUCAAAUGCACUCACGCUAUCUAUAGUUUCGUGGGGAUCAAUUCGGAUGGAUCAAUUAGACAUAUUGAUGAUUGGAACGAUAACGGUAGUCGUGGCAUAGCGCGCUUCAACGCGUUGAAACAACAAAACCCCCGACUUAAGACACUUGUAGCCAUUGGCGGUUGGAAUGAAAGCUCACAAACUUUCAGUCAUGUUGCUGCAAAUGCCGGUCUACGUCAGCGUUUUGCACAAAAUGCGCUGGCCUUUAUUCAGAAUUAUGGAUUUGACGGAUUUGACCUUGACUGGGAAUAUCCUGCUCAACGGGGUGGAUCACCACAUGAUAAACAAAACGUGACUUUGAUGGUCGAAGCUUUAAGGAGAACUUUUGACGCAUCGGGAAGGAAAUAUUUACUUACUGCUGCUGUCCCAGCCACAGGGACAUCGGCUGGAAUCUCGUACGACAUUCCUUCGUUUGUGGCCCAUCUGGAUUGGGUCAAUUUGAUGGCCUACGAUUAUCACGGGGCUUUUGAUGGGCGAACUGGUCAUAAUGCACCUUUGUUUUCUAAUGAUACAUUCAAUGUUGACGCAUCUGUUAAAUACUGGAUCUCUAAUGGUGCACCCGCUCAUAAGAUUGUGCUCGGUCUUGCUGUUUAUGGACGGAGCUUCAACGCCCCAGGAGUAAGCCCUCAUAAUUAUUUGAAUAUUCCUGCGUCUGCUGGAAGCCCAGGACCCUACUGUUCAGAAGCGGGCAUGUUGGGUUACAACGAGAUCUGUCAAUUGAAAGCGGAGGGUGGUUGGACUGAGAUAUGGGACAAUCAGCAUAAGGUCCCAGCCAUGGGCAAAGGUAACACCUUCGUGAGCUACGACAACGAACGUUCGAUUCAAAUGAAGGUUCAAUAUGCUAGGUCUAUGCGACUAGGUGGUUUGAUGAUCUGGUCCAUAGACACCGAUGAUGUUCAUGGCAUCGGUGGCAGACCUUAUCCGAUUCUGUCUACUAUCAACGAAAAUCUCUACUAAUGAACUUGGUCCCUAUUAUUAAUCUUGGCAAAACUACGCGCUUUCUUCAUUAAAAUUUAUAAUCACGCUUUUAUAAUUGUUUCUAGCUUAGAAUUACGAAAUGAAUAAAUAUUGCAAAGCA